CGUCACUCUCUCAGUUCUCUGUCUGGUCCGGCGAAGAGGAGGAGGAGCGCUCGAAGGCCCGCCCGGAUGUGCCAAGAAGGAAAGGCAAGGAAGGCGCAGGGAUUGCCUGAGCGCCUUUAAAGGUUAAUCAUGGCUGCUUCCAGCCUUAGUCGAUGUUGUUAUUUUGGACACCAUGGGACCUUUGCAAGGAUGCAGAUGAGAUGCUCAAGAAAAGCCUCGAGUCUAUGGGUCAACGGUAGUUCUCCUUGCAAAAUGACAACAAAAAUUAUAAGGCCAUUGACAAGAACGAUGCUUAAGCCACCUACUUCCCAUUCCUUGGCCAAAAGAAGUCUCCAUGCCACCCAGCUUCAUCUCCAGGAAGUGAUGCUUACCAGUGAGCGAUAUGGGGUGCAAAGGUUGCCCUUCGCUCGUGUGUCUGAUGCUGACCUGUCUUUCUUUGAAUGUCUUAUGCCUGGCAGAGUUGUCACAGAUGUAGAUGAACUGAAACUCUUUAAUGUGGACUGGUUGAAAUCAGUGAGAGGCUGCAGUAAAGUGUUGCUGAAACCACAGACAACGGUGGAGGUAUCUGAGAUUCUCAGGUAUUGCAAUGAGAGGAACCUGGCUGUGAAUCCCCAAGGAGGGAACACUGGCCUCGUUGGGGGCAGCGUCCCUGUCUUCGAUGAGAUCAUUCUCUCCACGGCUCUUAUGAAUCAGGUUAUCAGCUUUGACACUGUUUCAGGGAUCUUGGUUUGUCAGGCUGGCUGCAUUUUAGAAAACCUCAACAAUUAUCUAGAGGAGUUGGACUUCAUCAUGCCCCUUGAUCUAGGAGCAAAGGGCAGUUGCCACAUUGGAGGGAAUGUAGCUACAAACGCUGGUGGUUUGCGACUCCUGAGAUACGGCUCUCUCCGGGGGACAGUCCUAGGAUUAGAAGUGGUAUUGGCGGAUGGUUCCCUUCUGAAUUGUUUGACAUCUUUGCGGAAGGACAACACUGGGUAUGACUUGAAGCAGCUCUUCAUUGGAUCAGAAGGGACGUUGGGAAUCAUUACUGCGGUGUCCAUCCUCUGCCCGCGGAAACCCAAGGCUGUGAAUCUUGCAUUUCUUGGUUGUCCAAGUUUCUCUCAGGUCCUGCAGACCUUCACCACUUGUAAAGGGAUGCUAGGUGAGAUCCUGUCUGCCUAUGAGUUCAUGGACAGUGAAUGCAUGAAGCUAGUGGAGAGACACUUGACGCUGACUAGUCCAGUGGCAGAUAGUCCUUUCUGCGUGUUAAUUGAGACUUCAGGCUCCAAUUCAACUCAUGAUGAAGAAAAACUGAGUCAUUUCCUGGAACACGUAAUGGCCUCCAACUUGGUCAUAGCGGGAACUCUGGCUUCUGAAGAUACAAAGAUAAAGGCACUGUGGGCUUUACGGGAGCGGAUCACAGAGGCCCUGACAUGCGAUGGAGCUGUUUACAAAUAUGACAUUUCCCUCCCUGUGGAGAGGCUGUAUGAUCUUGUGACCGACAUGCGGGAACGUCUGGGCAGAAGUGCCAAGAAUGUGGUGGGCUAUGGCCAUCUAGGAGAUGGAAACUUGCACCUGAACAUCACAGCAGAGUCCUACAGUCAUUCUCUCCUGGAUGCCAUUGAACCCUAUGUGUACGAAUGGACUUCCAAGUACCAGGGAAGCAUCAGUGCAGAACAUGGCCUGGGCUUCAAGAAGAAGCAUUAUAUCCAUUACAGUAAAUCUCAGGAGGCCGUCCUUCUUAUGCAGCAGUUCAAGACCAUGUUGGAUCCCAAAGGAAUCCUAAACCCUUACAAAAUGUUACCGGCAAAGACGACUUGAUUUGAUUUCUACCUAAGGAUAGAACUAUUGGUAGCCUCUCACGGGGAGAUUUUUUUGCUUCAUGUGCAUAACUAGCUACAGACAAAUUGUGAAAUCACAUUUGGAAAUCACAUUUUCUGCGGUGAAAAAAGUUGCAUUGUCUUCCUCUUAUUGUAUACCACUUGCUCUAAAUUGUCUAGAAAGGAAGAACAAUUAUAGCUUUAGGCACCCAAUUUUCUAAGCAUUUUACCUUCAAGGCCUCAGACCUGUCCUUAUUUUUGAGAUGAUCCUUCAAAUGUUAUUGGAUUCUAACACCCAUCAACCCCAGCCAUUUCCUACAGUCAGGAGUGAUGUGAUUUUUUACCUUAAUCCACACAGUAUUAUUUAAUGUUUAAUUUUUGUAUUACGCUUUUUAAACUAUGACCAAAGUUUGGGAUUGUUAGCUGCCUUGAGUCUCCAUGGGGAGAAAGGCGGAGUAUAAAUAAAGUAAAUGAAUAAUAAUGAUAACAAUUCGUAGUAUAUAUGUUCUUCAUCCCUGCUAUGGGCUUGGAAGUUGAUAAACUAACCCAUUUGGGAAUAUGCUAGGAAAUAUAAUUUAUUGGACGACAUUACAAAUAUUUGCAUGAACUCGCAUAUCCAAAAUCCAACCAAUGGCAAGAAUAUUUUUAUGUACUUCAACUUGAUGGAAGAAAAUAAACAUUUUACUUUUCUAUUCUGUUGAGAAAAACAUAUAAGGAAAAAAAUAUUAUGCAUAAGGAAACAACAAGCAUGAUCACAUUGCUACAUAUUGAUCACACAAGUAUGCCAUCUAGUUUCUGACUUUUUCUUUCCAGGAAAUGUCAUUUAAAAAUGUUAUUUCCAUUAUACUAGGGGCUAAAUGCUGAUUACAGGCCACAUACAGAUUCCCACGGUAAUUUUGGGGAUCCCCACGGGUCAAUCCAUUUUAGCGGAUACAAGGCUUUUGAGCCACCUUGUGCUGCACUUUAAAAAUGGGGAGUGACUAUUUCAAGACCUCAGGUUUCUGUGCUUUCACAGGGUUUUUCUUCUACUUACAAUUUAAGCAAUUGAAAAGAUUUCUAUUUUAAAGAUUCCAGAAUUCCAAAACUGCUGGUACCGUCCCUGGAAAGUCAUGCCUGGAUGGUAUUGUUUCAGCAACGUAACUCUGAUUAUGAGUUGCCCACCCCUGAUAUAGACUAUUGGGUGCAAUGAAAUUAUUUUUGCUUGAUAAACAGGUUUGAGAAGCAAGGAAUCAAGAUAAUAGGCUCACUUUGAUACUACACCUUUAUAUAGCACUUCAAUUCUGCUUGUCUUGCAUGCUUUCUCUUGAAUCCUUAAGUAUUGGAAAUCCAAGACAAUUGAAGCACUUGGAUAACUAAAUAUCUCUCCAUAAACUGCAAAUUCCAGGAUCCAGCAAGCUAUCAGGUGUCCAGAGAAGGCUGACCAAGAGAAAAGUGAUCUGAAAGAAAUUAACCCCUGCUAUGAACCUACCAGAGUACUAAGAUAUUUAGGGGGAAGGCUUUCUUUCCAUCCUGCCUUUCAUUAGCCUCAGGAGCAGAAGGGAUAUCAAAAUCUUGCUUCUGGCAAUGUGGUUGUAAUUUAUAUUUAAUCAAUAUAAUGGAUUGGUUUUCAUUGUAUCUUUUUUGUACUCAGUUAUAAACAAUGUAAUAUUUUAUCAAGCUGUUCCUGUAAUAUUUUCCCAUGCUUUUAAUUAUAUCCUUUGUUCCAUCCUAAUAUGGCUUGUUUCCCAUUAUACUGUGUGCACACUUGUUUUACAUGUGUUUAAGACAUAUAUAACUAUUGCAUUGCCUUAUGGUUUGUUGACAAUAAUAAAGGCAUACAUACAGUCCUGCUACAA